AUGGGCUUCUUAAGCACGUUCCUUAGCUUCAUCGAGCGUCUCAUCAGACUAUUCAUCGGAGCCAACGAAGAAAAGCUAUAUGGCCUAGAUCAUGCCAUUCUCAACGUCGAGGCUCCGCCUAGAAGUAUGUGGAUGAAUAUGGGGUAUUGGAAGGAUACGAAGUCGUUCCCGGAGGCAUGUGAAGCAUUAUUGGAAUUUAUUCUGAUCACAGCGGGACUCUUGAAUGAGGAUAAGACGGUCGCGGGUGCUUCCAGUGCGAUCAAGCUCAUCGAUGUCGGAAUCGGUUGUGGUGAUCAGUCUCUCUACCUAACCAGAAAACUAUCUAUCGCCGGACAGGCUGAGAAGAGACGUUCUCUGGUUGGCUCAUAUGUAGGAGUCACCUUUGCACGCUCCCAGGCGGACUUUGCACGAGAGCGAUUAUUAAACCGGACUUCCGAUUCUGACACUCUAACGUGGACACCGGACGUGAGAAUCUUCGCUGCGGACGCAGCUAAGCCUUCAUCCUGGGAGCCAGGACUCAAGACAGCCAUCUCCAUCAAUCACGACCACGACAAGACCCAGACAUGGCUCCUAGCCCUCGACACCCUCUACCACUACAAACCCUCCCGCACUCCACUUCUCACCCACGCAUGUCGCGACCUCCAAGCCUCCUUCAUGGCCUUCGACCUCCUCCUGGACUCCUCCGCUUCAUUUACCAAUAAACUCCUUGUCCAGUUGAUGUGUCUACUAUCCGGAAUUCCAUAUACAAACUUUCUCACUACAAAGCAGUACGAGGAUAUAUUAGUCCAGGCGGGGUAUGACCGCGAUAUGAUACAGAUGCGGGAUAUCUCGGAACAUGUGUUUCCCGGGAUUUCAGCAUAUAUACGUCAAAAGGAUAGCGAAUUAAAGAGAUUUGGUAUGGGAAUGGGCAAGUUCAAGGUACCCGGGUGGCUUUUUGGGUGGUGGGGUAGGUCGGGGGUUAUUAGGGGGGUUGUUGUUGUUGCGCGGCGUUAG